GAUCUACCAAAGAUAACGUUAGCUAUUUGAGCCGAAAGUCCUCAAAGACCGCUCGCAGUCUAUCACACAUCGAGUAGAGGAUAUCAGAAAAAGCAGGAUGCGGUGUUUCCUUCUUCUCUCGGUACUUUUGCAGGGUACUUUCGCCCUCCUCGGGACAAGUUCUCUCGACCCGCUGACAGGACCGGACUGUUACACAGUAUGCACAGCGAGUAUCCCCGGAACCUGCUACAACCCCUGCAUUGGGACGUGGACAACAGGAUCUGACCUUCUCCCUGACCUCCUGCACCCUAUCACCAAGGAGGACCAACCCAAACACCCUGUCCGCCAGAGCAAUGUCGGCACAGUGGAGAGGAUGGCGGCAGCGGCCAGGGCUCUCCUCCCCAACCUCAACCCCGAUCUGGGCUGCGCUGGGCAGGUGGUCUGCACCAUGAGCAUUCCUGGGACCUGCUACGAUCCUUGCACCGGACAAACCUGGACCACAGGUGAGUCCCUGGAGGAUCUGAUUGGCCAGCUAAGCCCUGUCGCCUCGUAAGGCGGGCUCUCACGUCAUCUCUUUUACCCGCCGCACAGUGGAUCGAUCCGUGGCCAUGGAUGGAAAGGAAUCUUGAUUCUUGCUCCUUUCCUGAUCGAAUAACAAUAAAUCUGACGUGAAAACCAGACGAACCAG